UUUAAGAGAGUCUGAAAUGGUACGAAAUUCAGCUAAAAUAUCAACAAAAUUUGAAGAAAUGCAAAAAUUGAAAUUUGAGUUCAAACCACAAAGUUUGGUGAUCAGGUUGUGACUUUAAAGACACAGGAACGGGUGAAUGGAUGGACUAAAACUCAUGAUUUUAAAACAAGAAAGUGUGCAGAACCUUGAAAAGAUGCAGGAAAAUGUCCAUUUAAAUGUCUUUUCCAAAAUGUCUUGCUUUAAACUCUGACAUCUAGUAUUUGACACAUUGAGACAGAAACAUGAGGCUGAUGGCACAAAGAUCAAAAUGUCUACUUUGGUCUGGUAAACUGAUAAAUCCAUUUCCAAAUGUUUCUUCUAAGAAAACUGAAUCUUGAGAUAAUCGUGUUUAUCUGAUUUUUCCAACUAUUAAGUUGAAUUUCAUUUCUUUUGAAGUUUUGUUUUCCUCAAAACUUUAUCCAAAACUUUAUUUCUUGCAACAAUAAAUGGUGUCUUAACAGCUUUUGAACAAUCAGACUCAUCUUUAGUUAUCAUGAGAAAAAUUAUUUGGUCACAGAUGCUUGACAAAGCAGCAAACAAACAAACAAACAAACAAACAAACAAACAAACAAACAGUAAAAGAAAAGUCAAACACAUAACAAAUUCAAAUUUAAACUAUAAAAAACCAAAACCAUUUUACAUUGAAUCUGUUAGAGGACACUUUAAACAGUGACAAAAUAAUGAGGAGCAGAAACAGAUGGAAAGUCAGGAUCUCAGUGUAAAAAGGUUGUAUAAGAAAGUCUUCUUAGCUAAUACAAACAAUUAUUGUUUUGAAAAUAUAUAUUAUGACAUAUAAAUAAAUAAACAUUUUAAUGGACUCCCAUAGGAUGGUUUCAUAGUAGACAAAGUUUUAAAAAUAUUCAUCUGAACUUUGUCUUUUUAGAUUUCAAGUUUUACAUUGAUUAGAAAGUAAAGAAAAAAAUGUAUGAAGAUGAUGCCAUCUUCUAUACAGUGUAAUUUCUCAUAAUCAUGAAUUGAUGUUUUUGCAGCAAUGCAUACAGAAAACACACGUCACUGUAGAUUCAAUAUAUAUGUUUAUCAAUUAUCAAUAUUGAUAUGGUCAUGAAUGUAGACGGUGGCAGUCAGGCAAAAAAUCAAUUGUCUUAAAAAGAAACCGGGUGUUGUGUUUAUUGUCUCUGAUGGGUUUUGAAAUAAAAGUGUCCUUGCCUAAAAAAAAUAAAAAAAUAAAUAAAAAAAAUAAAUAAAAAAAUAAAUAAAAUAAAAAUAAAAAAAUAAAUAAAAGUGUCCUUGCCUGUUUGACAGCAUGGUUGUAGAUUUUUAGGCAUCUUUGAAUUCAGUUUCAGUGUUUUUGUUUCCAGCAGAGCUGCUGAAUCGAUGGUAAACUUCCAUCUGACAUUAAAAUUAUCAAUCAGAGAAUCACAGGACAACGGUGAAAUCUGAGCUGGAGCUUGUUUUAAAUUGUCACUGAAGUUUUCUGCCACUUCAGGAGUUAUAUAUCAUUUUGUUAGUUCUCACAAAAGUCUCAUGAUUGAUAAAACACACAAUAAUGGUCUGACACAGCCAAGUCAAUAUCAGACAACACAACAGCAGACAGGCCGGAGAUGGGACCAAGUCCAGGGUGUGUCCUCUGUUGUGAGUCGGCUGUGCCCCAUGCUAUGAGGUUCCAUUUGUGUCCACUGUCUAUGUCUGCUGAACGAGUUCAUUGAACUCCAUGAACAUUGUUCAUUCAUCAUGCGUUGUGUUUAAAACUUCGCAUUUGUCUUUGUUAUUGUCGCUACCCCCUGUCGUCUGACUUUGUCGCCAGGAAAGUCCUUAGCAACCGUUGCUCUUGUCGUUAGCUACGACAUUUCCCCAAGUCGUGUCGUUAGAUCUUGUCUUUUUUCAAAUGUUGCCAAAGUCGUCAGACAAGUCCUUUGUACGGUGGGUAAAUUGUUUCUUGUACUACCGCAGAAUGGAAAAAAAGUUUAUUGAAGCCGGCGCUAGCGUUGAGCAUGACAAACACUUUUUUAAAAUAAACUUUAUUGAUAUUCCUGCAAACGGCCAUUGCCAGAAAGACGGGGGCGCAUGCAAACAACGUUUUCACGUUCCCGAAGCGACUCUUGCUUGAGACGACUGUUGUUGUGAUUUUGGGCUAUACAAAUAAAAUUGAAUUGAAUUGAAUUGAAUUGUUUUAAGUUAUUUAGAGUAUGGCUUAAGUUAAAUCUGGUGAUGAAACUGUUAUUUAAGUCUUUAAAAAAAUAACUGAUCUUUAUCAAAAAUGUUGUCACAAAUCAGGUGGAUAAACGAGGAACAGACGGGCCAAAAACUUUGACUGGAUUUUGAGUUUGGGACCAGUAUGAUGCUCUUUUGGGCGCCUCUGCUCCUUGUUUCUCUAUCAGAUUUGUUUGAUAAAGAUUAGCUAUAUUUCAAAAGACUUUUAAAUAAUAGUAUCUUCACAAGAUUUAAUUGAAGCCAUAAUCUAAAUCCUUUUAAACUAUUGGCAAGUUGCAAUGGUAAUGUGAAACCCUUGUAUGCAUGCACCCCCCCCCCCACACACACACUUCUGGCAAUAGGCAUUUGCAGGAAUAUCAAUAAAGGUUUUUAUUUCUUUUUUUUCAAAUGUGUUUUGUUCUGUGGCUUGGCGAGCUCACCCCUCGCAGGCAGGAGUUUACAGCUCCUCACGCCGAUGACGGGAGUCCACCAGCAGAUCAGGAAGGACGGAACCGCCUAAAGUCACCGAGCUUGGCCCAGAUGUUCCUGUAUAACGACCAGGACAGGCCUUCAGGAGCACGACAUUCCCGCUGCUUCUACCACGACGGAGGAAGGAGGGAAAUUCUUAGAGGAAAGAUGCGUUUCUGACCACCGAUAUGUCUAUCCGGCAGCCCGGAAGGACCGGUUCAGUUGGGCGAAAAGCUCUCAGUUUAUUCUGAAGUUCUUUUCAGCCUCAUGAGAAGCUGCUCAUGAAGAUGAAGAUUAAAAAAACACCAAUUGGGUCAGUCUCACGUGACCACAAGGACUGACGUCACCACACGUGUUGGCAGUCACGUGAGGUGAGGGACAGACAAACAGUGAUGUCACCAGAGGGCGUGGCAUUAAAAUGAUGUCAUCUCCAGACACGUACAGAAAAAUGAUGUCAUAAUGAUGUCAAAUGAUGUCAUAAUGAUGUAAUUUCAGAGGAAUUAAAAUGAUUAAAAUGACAUCAUUUGACAUCGUUUGACGUCAUUUGAUAUCCAGUUACUUCCUCUCCAAAGUUUCUAAAUACUCCAUCUUUCUGAGUCUUGCAGCAUUUUAAAGAUCUAAAGAGAGAUUUCCAAGCAUUUACAGAAAUUCGUGUUUCCAAAAACGUUCAAGCCUUCAGCUCUUUCACAAAUUCACUUCAAUCCAGAACCAGCCAUGUUCCACAACAAUGUGUUUAAAGGUCUUGGAGCUACCAGCUCUUCAACUGAAUCCCUCUGGGAUUCGGACAGCGAGACGCCAGACCACACCAGAAAGCAGGAGCAGGGAUUCAAAGGAUUCACUCAGAGAGCAAAGCAAAGUGUUUGGAAAUGGUUCAAACGCGGAAAUAAAACCCCCAGGGAUCAGAUAACCUGGGAGGACCUGUACAAGGACAAACAGCAGGAACUGGAUUAUUUUGUGGAGCAGAACAAUUCUCUCCGGACAGCUCUCCAAAACCUGCAGAUGCUCCUUAAGGAAGCUGAGAAGCUGAGAAACGAUUCCAUCUCAGCCGACCUCACUGACAGAGCUCUGAACUUCACGUAUCUGACACGUGAGGCUGAAGGAGUUCAGGAAGAUCAGCCUGGAUUUCAAGCAGAAAGUCAACACCAACACGAUCAAACCAGCAUCUUGGACUUAGAGCUGCAAAAUGAGGAAAUGGCCCAGGAACUUGAAAAGCUUCAGGACAAACUUCUUGUUUUGUCAGACAGAAAAGCCAAGUAUGACCCUGCAGGAGACCACCUCAAAGCUGCCCAGGACCAGAACUCAGUCCUCAAAGAAAAGCUUCUGGAACUUCAAUUAAAGAUCCAACAAGAGGAAGCUCUCCUGAUGAUGACUCCGGACAUUUCUCCUGAGGAUCUGCAGGAAGAAUACCGAGAUCAGAUCCAGGCCUUAGAGCAGGAAAAUGCAGUUCUCCAGAAGGACUUGGAAGAUCUCAAGAAAAAACGCAGUAAAGAAGCAGCAAUGAGGAUCGAUUUGAUAUGCAUUGAAGCCCAAAAAAGCCACUUGGAGGACCAAUGCCAGCACAUCCGGGAGGUCAUUCAGAUCCACAGUGAACAGCAGGAUGGAGAACUCGUCUAUCCUGAACAGAUCCAGGAGUUGAAAUGUCAAAUAAAUUCCCUUGAAAAAGAAAAGGAAGACCUUCUGGAAGAACAAAGGAAGGUGGAAAAUGCAGAAUCAGACAUUAAAAUGCUGCUAAAAGAAUUCCAUCAGGUGGUAAAAAAUGUAGAUGAAUUGAAAAAGGAAAACUGCCACCUGAAAUGGGAAUUCAUGGAGCUGAACGUGGAUUUCUUUGAGAGACAACAAAUACCGGCGAAGCUCGAAGUUUCAAGAAAAGAACAGGAGUCUUUGAGGAAGGAGAAUGCAGUUCUGGCUGAGCAGGUUUCAGAAUGGAGAUCCAAGUUCCACCAGCAGAAAUCUGUCCAGAACCAGCCUCAGAGUCCUGCUAGAAAGCGGCCAAGUCUGAUCCCCAAACCCGUGUCUGUGAGAAACCCAGAACCAAAGCAGGUUUCCAUGGAUACUGGAAGGACCCAACAGCCUCAGAGUUCUCCUAGAAACCGGCCAAUUCUGAGACCCAGACCCGUGUCUGUGAGAAUUCCAGAACCAAAGCAGGUUUCCAUGGAUACUGGAAGGACCCAACAGCCUCAGAGUUCUCCUAGAAACCGGCCAGGUCUGAGACCCAGACCCGUGUCUGUGAAGACCCCGGAACCAAAGCAGGUUUCCAUGGAUACUGGAAGGACCCAACAGCCUCAGAGUCUUGCUAGAAACCAGCCAAGUUUGAGCCCCAAACCCGUGUCUGUGAAAAGGUCUGAACUACCAAAGAAGGUUCCCAAGGGUCCUAAAAAGACCCAACCUAAGAAACAACAGAGCCUCAGAGAGCUAGAAAGAGGCUGGAGAACGUAGUGGAUCUAGAAAUCUUUAUUUAGCUUGUAGGAUGUUUGCUGGGAUUAGAUCCA